AUGGCGAGCAAGAAGCGGUCGUACGAGAAGCUUCCGUUCGGCGCUCCACCGAGGCAGCCGGACGAGCCGUUUAAUCCGUUCGUCAACCACAGCGCGCCGAUUAACUCCUACGAGAUCGUUAAGCUCACGCUGAUGUUCCCCGUGUUCCUCGUUCGCGCGGUGUUCAUGUUCGUCUGCUUUAUUUUUGGAUACGUCUUCGCGCGCCUCGCGCUGAUUGGCGCGAAGCACAUCCAGUCAAAGCCGUUUCCCAAGUGGCGGCGGAAUCUCCUGUGGCCCACUAAGUUGCUGACACGUGGCGUUCUCUUCGCCUGCGGAUACAACUGGAUUGAGGUGAAGGGCAGGGUCGCGUCAAGGGCAGAGGCGCCCAUAAUCGUGUGCAACCACGUGACCUUUGUGGACCCCGUGUACCUCUUCAUGGCUCACCUGCCGAUGAUUAUUACUGCUAAGGAGAACAUGAAGAUCUUUGUAGCGGGGGCAAUCAUGCAGGCACUCCAGGCCAUACCAGUCGACCGAGCAUCCCCCACCUCCCGCAAGGACGCAGCAUACGAGAUCAAGAAGCGCGCCAUGUGCAACGACUGGGCGCGCGUGCUGCUCUUCCCCGAAGCCACCACCACCAACGGCCGCUCGCUCGUCUCCUUCAAGACGGGCGCAUUUGCCCCGGGCCUGCCGGUGCAGCCGGUGGUGGUGACGUACCCCUACACGUCCUUUGACCCCUGCUGGGUGGCCGAAGGACUUCCGGAUAUGCACUUGCUUUGGCGCCUUAUGUCGCAGCCUCAUAACCGCAUGCGCGUGGAGUAUCUGCCUGUGAUCGUGCCGACAGACGAGGAGAAGAGAGAUGCAAAGAAGUUCGCCGAGAGGGUGCGUCUGGCCAUGGCACGGCGGCUCAACCUGGCCCUCACAGACCACUCCUUUGGCAACGUGCUGCUGGCACUCGAGGCCAAGAAGCUCAAGCUGCCGGUGGGGACGGCGAACGUGGAGUUUGGGCGGCUGGAGCAGCUGUUCCGGGUGGAUGUCAGGGAAGCGAAGCAGUACUUGCGAAGAUUUCAUACCAUGGACGUGGGGCACUGUGGCACUGUGAGUUACCCUGGGUUUCUGGCAGCGCUGGGCCUGCCCGACUCAGAGGCUUCUCAGAUGCUCUUUGACUUUCUUGAUACCAACGAGCGCGGCACCAUCAACUUCAGGGAGUUCCUGGCAGGGCUGGUCUUUGUGUCGCGCCAUCCUCAGUUCCACGAUUCGGUGGAGAAGGCGUUCAAGCGGUUGGAUCUGGACGGAGAUGGACGGCUGACAGCGCACGAGGCCAAGGAGGGCUUGAAAGAGCUCUUCCCAGCGAUCACAGACGAACAGUUGGCUAAGCUGAACGACCUGCUGGGGCUCAACAGCAAGACGUCGCUCACCUGGGAUGAGUUUGAGCAUUUUCUCAAGACCCAUCCGGAGUAUCUGGUCGCGAUACUGGCCGCCGAUUUGGCGGAUGCCAAGCCGGAAGACGAGAGCAGUGAAGUAACGUCCUGUCUUCAGUUUCAGCAAUUAGUAGACGCAAUUGCUAGUGCAAUUGCUUUACCAUUUCCACGGCCUCGCCUUACAGCUUCAAAUCACCCGAUUCGUCUUCAUCUUGCUCGUUCUGCCAUCACCCAGUGCUGUCGUGCAAAGGUCAAGAUGGUGAUGGAUAAGAACGCCAAGAUCUACGUGGCUGGUCACACUGGUCUGGUCGGAUCAGCCAUCUGCAGGAAGCUUAAGAAGGAGGGAUACAACAAUAUCGUCGGAAAAACCAUCGAGGAGCUCGAUCUGACACGGCAAGCGCUCGUCGAGGAGUACAUGAACCAGGAAAAGCCUGACUACGUCAUCGUCGCUGCCGCGAAAGUCGGCGGAAUUCACGCUAACAGCGUCUAUCCCGCCGAUUUCAUCGGAAUCAAUCUUCAAAUCCAGACCAACCUCAUUGAUGCCGCUUACAGGGCCGGAGUGAAAAAGCUUGUCUUCCUCGGAUCGUCUUGCAUCUACCCGAAGCUUGCUCCCCAGCCUAUCACUGAGGAUGCUCUGCUUACCGGACCUCUGGAGCCCACAAACGAGUGGUACGCCGUCGCCAAGAUCGCCGGUAUCAAGAUGUGCCAAGCCUACAGAAUCCAGUACAACUUCGAUGCCAUCUCAGCGAUGCCGACCAACAUGUACGGCCCGUACGACAACUUCCACCCGACCAACUCCCACGUGCUGCCUGCUCUGAUCCGACGGUUCCACGAGGCCAAGAAGACUGGAGCCAAGGAGGUUGUCUGCUGGGGUACCGGCACUGCCCUGCGUGAAUUCAUGCACACCGAUGACCUUGCAGAUGCUCUCCUCUUCCUGCUCAACAACUACAGCGACAUCCCCCACCUGAACGUGGGAACCGGCAUCGAGCUCACAAUUAAGGAGCUUGCAGAGACGGUCAAGGAGGUGGUGGGAUUUGAGGGCGAGAUCACGUGGGACACGACCAAGCCCGACGGCACGCCCAGGAAGCUCAUGGACAGCUCGAAGCUGCACGCGCUUGGAUGGAAGCCCAAGGUGGGGCUCAAGGAAGGCCUCACGGAGGUGUACAAGUGGUACCAGGAGAACUACAACGUCUAA